AUGAACCAUCACACCGAAGUCGAACUUGACGUACUGGAUGGUGGUAGUGGUCACCACAACAAUUUCACUCUUCAACAACCUUCCAAUAUCAACAAUUACCAUAAUUAUAACAGUAACAACAAUAACAACAUGGCAUCAAGUCCACAACAAACCAUGGUUGGCUCCCUCGUUUCCUCUUCAACUUCUCCCACUUUGAGUGGUGGUCGUUUAUCACAAUCUUUAUCCACCAAUCCAUUCGCCACCACUCCUCUGCAGGAUCCACUCAAAGCAGAAGUCCAAAAAUUUGUCGAUAAGAACAAGGAUCAUCAAUGGUUUGGAAUUCAAUCGAAUCAACAAAAUUCACAAAAACAAUCUCAAGGGACAAGUCCAUCACAACAACAAUUACUUCAAGAACAAUCUGCGAAAGAGAAAUUUCUAUCAUGUUGUUUCAGUUUACGAGUGUCCACAUUGGCUACUCUGAUUGUCAUGUUCACGGUGAUGAUUUUGGCCUUUGUGGUCAUUAUCGGAACCAUCUUACCUGUGAAUUUUGGAGAACUUGAAAAAAAAGAUAGUACGAAUGCGUCGAAGCGAUCGAUGAAAGCUCUCUACGAUGAUUUACGUACCAAUUUGGGUAAUUUAUUACCCUUCUCUGCUUGGACUGAACCCUAUAAUCGCAUCAAUGAUGUGCUCAACGGAAAACUCAAUGCAACUGCCAUAUUCGAUGAUUAUAUGAGUUCAAACUUUCCGAGAGCCAUUAUGGCAUCUUCUAAGGUGAAUUGGGUCAUUUAUUACUUUAAGAAUGGAACAAGAAUCAUUUCAAGAGGUUACAGUUUUGACACUGAUACUGUCACAUCUGCUCCAGACAGCAUUCCAGAUUUUUUAAAACAAUUAUCUCUUUCGAAUCCACUCAUGUAUAAUAUGGACAAGUCCUAUACAAGAAAUGGAGGAUUUGUGAACUACAAAUCACAAUUGAUCAUGCUCUCUGCUGCACCAAUUACCAUUUCUGAUUGGGAUAAUAAUUCUGACACGAAUGGUGUUCUAGUGUUUGGUAGAAUUAUGAGUUCAACCUUUAUUAAUAGUAUUGCAAAUAGUGCUCAAUUGUGUCUUUCCGUACAUUUACUUGAUGACACAAGUGACAAGGUGGUUCAAAAGUUUUCGAGUCGAGUGAAAAGUUUGAAUGGAACUUAUAUUUUACAAACAUCCUUUGAUUGGCCAAAUUUGGAUGUUUUUGCAUUUGACCCAUUAGAUGCUUCUAUGACCCUUUCAAAAAGACAAUGCUGGAAAUCAGAUGGUUCUACUCUCGCUGAGCAAAGAUUUGCUUCCUAUGUUUUGUUGAAUGACAUUUAUGGACAACCAUUAAUGAUUGCAAGAACUGAUAUUGCACGUGACGUUUAUUUCCUAGGUAUUCAAUCCGUACUUUUAGCGAUUGGUCUCUUACUUUUGGUGUGCUUAUUGGCAUCCAUUGUUGUCAUUGUUUUCGUUGAAAAGAGAGUAUUGUCUCGAAUUUUACGUUUGACAAGUAGAAUUCAAGAAAUUACUGCAUCCAAUGAUUCAAAACAAAGAAUUGCAGUGAAAGAUGGACAAACCGAUGAGCUUGGAAAGGUUUCCAAGAAUAUCAAUUACAUGUUAAAUUCAUUGGACAUGCUGGUCGAACAGCAAUUACAAGAACAAGAAUUGCUAAAAAAACUUCUUGAAAGAAUUUCUGAAGCAGAAGAAAGAACAAGCUCCAUCAUGAACAGCAUCAAAGAUAUUGUCUUAACAGUCACGGCAGAAGGUGUUGUGACACAUGCAAAUACUGCUUUUUAUGACAGAUUUGGAUACAGUGCUGUGGAUGUUGAAGGAAGUGGUAUAAUUACUCUCGACAGGUUAUUCCCUCAGUUAAAAGACAUUGCCAAAUCAGGAGAUUCUUUAGGACAAGUUAUUUUAUCAUACGAUGAUCAAAUGACACAUCCAUUUACGGGUCUCACAAAGAAGCGAAAGAACAUUGACUUUGAAGCUUACAUUACAAAAGCCAAACAAAACAGUAGUGGUCAACACAUGUUCGUUUUUGUUGGCAGAAUUUCCUCUCAAUUAUUAGGUACCAUUCCUAAAUCUGGAUCUCUCUUAAGCAUGGAAGGAGAAUUCGAUCGUCUUUUACUCAAUCCUGAAGAAAAAGAAAAAUUCAAAACAUUCUGUCGAAAUGAAAAAUCUGAAGAAAAUAUGCUCUUUAUGGAUGCCGUUCUUGAAUACAAAUCUCUGAAACAAACACAUGAAAGAAUGAUCAAACAAGAAGCCAUUAUUCGAACCUUCUUGAAGGGAGAAGAAUCUCCACUUGCGAUCAAUGUGAGUGGAACGAUUGUGAAAAAAGAAUUAACCUUAAUUGAGAAGGGAGUUGGACAAUUGGAUUUAUUUGACAAGUUGUAUCAAACGGUGAAGAAUAAUCUUGCUUUGGAUACGUAUUCGAGAUACAAAAUGUUGACCAAUAAUGCCACUUUGAAAUAA